UUUUUCUUAGCAUUUGAUCGGGUGUAGACUUGUACUUUCAGAUAGAAUAUCUGUUCGAUCAUGAAUUAUAGCAACGGAAACUGAUACAGUGGGCCUCUUCAGUUUCGAUUGAACCACGUUAAAUCUUGCUCUUGUUGUUUCAUCGAGCUCGAUCUUAACUAAUAUAGCUAGCUAUGGCUAUUAUAUUAACAGAUGCACAAUACUACCUAUUUCUCUACUCCCUCGUAUCAUUUGUCUCCAUCUUGUUGCUGAAACCCCUGUUCAGAAAACCUCCGACCAACUCAAAAAAACCACCGCCGAGCCCACCCGGGCUACCUGUGAUCGGUCACCUCCAUCUCUUAAGCUCGGACCAUCAAGCCAUAUCCUUCCUCAACCUCUCCACCAAACAUGGGCCUCUCCUGGACCUCCGCCUCGGCGGUUCUCGGAUGCUCCUCGUUUCCUCAGCCUCCUUCGCCGCCGACGUGUUCAAAACACAAGAUCUCGCCUUCGCAGACCGCCCUGCAUUCGCUUUCGCCGAUGAACUGCCCUACGGAAACUCUGGAUUUUUCGGUGCCGAGUACGGCGACUACUGGAAGUUCAUGAAGAAACUCUGCAUGACCGAACUGUUUGCCCCGCGGCAGCUGGAACGGUCACGCGCCAGUAGACAAGCAGAGAUCGUCAAGUUCUGUCGUUCGAUGAUCGAAAGUGGUAACAAAAACGAAGUUGUGGAUGUUGGGGCUGAGCUGAUGAAGAUGACCAACAAUUCAACGUGCAAGAUGGUGAUGAGCACCAGCGUUUCGGAGAAAGGCGACGAGGCUGCCAGGAUUAGGGAGAUGAUGAUCAAGACGCUGCAGUUGGCCACGAAGGUGUCGUAUGGGGAUGUGUUGGGGCCUUUGAAGAGGUUGGGCUUCUGGCUUUAUGGGACUCAGCUUGUGGAUGUGUCGUUGAAGUACGAUGAGCUUUUGGAGGAGAUGUUAAAGGAUCAUGAAAAGAGAGAGGACGGAAAUGAGAGAGUGGAGGAGGAUCUGGAUUUGGCCGACUUACUGUUGAAGGUGUAUAAGGAUGAUAAGGCUGAGCUCAAAAUUACCAGAACUCAAAUCAAAGCCUUCUUGCUUGAUCUUUUCAUCGGGGGCACUAUUUCUUCAACAGAGACAAUGCAAUGGGCGAUAGCCGAGCUCAUAAACCACCCAGAUGUAUUCAAGAAGGUGAGAGAAGAGAUCAAUUCGGUUCUGGGUAAUGCCUGCAGAUUGGUCGAGGAAACAGACAUUCCUAGUCUCCCUUAUUUGCAAGCAGUUGUGAAGGAAGCAUUGAGAUUAUACCCUCCUUCUCCUGUGGUGAUAAGGAAAAGCCGCCAAAAUUGUAAAAUCGAAGGCUUUGAUAUAAAUCAAGGAACCAUGGUGGCAAUCAAUGUGUAUGCAAUUAUGAGAGAUCCAGAGAUAUGGGACAAUCCCAAUGAAUUUCGUCCAGAGAGGUUCUUGGCUUCGUCUAGUGAAGGACAUGAUAGUGUGGAUUAUGAUCAAAAGGAACAGAACUUCAAUUUUGUGGCAUUUGGUGGCGGGAGGAGACGUUGCCCCGGCUCUUCAGUGGCGCUUUUACUGGUGAACACUGCAGUUGCAGCCAUGGUUCAAUGCUUUGAUUGGAAGGUUGGGGAAAUAGGAGAUGAUGAUGCUAAGGUUAAUGUGCAGAUUGGAGCAGGCAUAAGUUUGCCAAUGGCUUCCCCACUUCACUUGCGUCCUAUCGUUCACUUCAACCCAUUUGCCUCUUCUAUGUAAUUCCUAUACCAUGACUUCUUACUUUCUUAGAAGUGGCCUCUCCGAGCCAUUCUGUAGGUUUUGUGGUUAAUUGUAUUAUCAUGAAAGAAUGAGAAUCAGUUUGAAAUAGUACAAGAUUGCUUUGAAUA